AGUAUGCAGCAGGAACCUAAGCCACGCGUCCGUGAGGACAAGUAUCGCCCACUGAAGGCAGCAGAGGCCGGCUUAUAUACAGGGGAGAUUAAGGGCAGGCUGUGCGCAUUGGUCCGUGCGCAGCUGGUCCGUGCACAGCAUGCCGACGCGGCCCCGGGGGCCGGUGAGUCAGAGCGGCUGUGUCAGCGGAGCCCGAGCUGUGCCGUCCCUAGGGCAGCAGAGGCCGGCUUAUAUACAGGGGAGAUUAAGGGCAGGCUGUGCGCAUUGGUCCGUGCGCAGCUGGUCCGUGCACAG